GCCGGUUAAACCGCAGUCAGUGUGAUCUCCUCCGUUUGAUCAAAGCGACACAGGUAACGCGGAAUGGCACCGAAGUCCAAAGACGACGAGGAUGAGGAAACCGCAGUCGUCAUCAAGUACGCCAGCUUUACUGGAGCCUUCUUGGCCUUUGCUUCAGCCAUACUGGCGAUCUUCGCUGUCUCAUUGGAAUGGUGGACUGGCACUCAAUCCAGCGAACUGCUGAAUGUGGGCCUGGAUGGCACUGAGACCACCUUGGCUGCCUCGGUGUCUCUGUGGGAGUUCAAUCUGGAGCUCCAACUAGCUCCGCAGGAAGGUUCCAUCGAUGGACAGAUUUACAACUUGCGCACCAGCUGGGAUGACACUUGUGCGCAAGCUGAGCUUACUCUUGCCACUGUGCCCUACUGCACAGAGGUGACAAUUGCUCGUGCAUGUGUCAUCUUGGAAGCCAUGUUCAACAGUUUUUUCGCUGCUAUGAUCGUCCUGGCUCGGAGAUUUUCUCCUCUGCUGCUGCUAGUUGCAGUUGGCUGUGGAGUCAUCGCGGUGCUCUUUGCAUUUAGUGCUGCAGUGCUAGGUGUUAUGACGAGCACUACAGGGUUAGGUGGCUGGGGCUUUCUGCUGCUGGGAGGCUCCAUUGUGACGUCAGGCCUCGGAGUGGCGGCUGCCUUUUACGCUGCGGCGAAGGCUAUGCCACCACCACCCGAUGGGCUUGAAGAAGUCCGAAGAGCGAGGAUGGCCAACCUUCAGGAAUCGACAGCGAGAGAGAAGGAAAUGGCGGCCAUUUUGGAAGAAAAUGUGCAAAGGCGAAGGAGAGAAUCUGAGGAGACGGGAGGAUCUUCAAGACCAGUGAUCAAAAGAAUACCUGUCAUGCUACAGAAAGUGAUCUUCUGGACACAGGAGAAUGAAGACAACGGGGAAGCAGAAUUGCCCAUGGAACUGCUACAGGCAGCAUAUCAAGAAAUCGAUGAAGACGGCAGCGGCUCUGUGACGCUAGUUGAGCUGUGUGAAGCACUGAAGCUUUGCGGUCUCAACGCUUCAGAGGCUGCGGCUGCCACAGUGAUGCAGGAAAUUGACAAGAAUAUGAACGGGACCAUUGACAUUCACGAGUUCGUCAUGUUCUUCAGGACACUUGAAGAAAUGACGAGGUUCCAGCGAAAAACGCAGCAGAGAGCGCAGUUCCUCUCCUAUGUGCUCAACUUCUGCUUUUUGCUUCACAUUAUCCUGGUUGGUGUGUUGCUCAUGAUCUUCAUUCGGAUGGAUGAGGCAACGGGUGGAGACACCUAUCCAAUCCUGCGAAAUUGCUUGAUGGCAUUCUCUAUAGUUCUGAUUGUGCUCUUCCUGCUGGUGAUUGGGAUCCCUGCUGCGCGCAUGACUGUAGGUGUGCAAUUUGCAGCUUGGCAUCACCACUACACCACGGCUCUACAGCCGGGGGGCAAGUUCAAGAAGCAGCGUGCCGCCCAAGAAAGUAGCAGCGGGGGUCAAGGAGGAGUGCGUAGUGCAGCCUGGGCCGAGGGAGCAGGUCAUGCGCAGCCACAAGUGAAUGCCGCAAAGUACGGCGCCAGCUACAGAGUCUCCAAAAUGACCUACGACAACGCUGGAGAGCAAGCAGCGUUGCAGGCACAGCAGGUGCCGGUGCCCAAUCCUGGGCACAUGUCGCACCGGUCGCAUCGCAGCGAGCAUUCGCGACAGUCGCAGACACCGGGGAGCAGCCAAAUCCCGACUCAACGCCCACAAGGUGCCAUUGUGAACAAGACUGGAGAAUUCGUGAGAUAUGAUCCAGCUUCCUACAGGAAUGCUGCCAUGAAUUCCAUGGGUGCACGGAUGCCAAUGAGCUUCACGCCGAUGCAGGUGCAGAACAUGCAGACGUCUGCAGAUGAGCCCGGUCAAUUUCCAGGAGUAAUGGCCAUCACAGACGAUGGCGGGAGAUGAGGGCACAAGCUCCUCAGGAGAUGUUGCUUUGGAUCAGUGAAGUUGAGAGCGCAGCUGUAGGUCACUUCCGCGUUGAGAUGCGACGUUUAUAUCAAGUGCUUUGGUGUUGCAACAGCAGCAGUCCGGCUUCUAGACAAGGGGGAAGG